CUUAUCUUGAAAUAAGAUUCUUGAUUAAAAAAAAACUUUCUACUUUUUAACCUCACAAGUGAUGUUGGUUUUUUCUUCUAAGUUAGGUUACGCGAGCCGCUGUGCGACUCAGCGUUUUCUCAAUAUGAUGUUGGUCAGAAACCUACAGUAGAGCAAAGAUGUCAUAGAUGAGUAUUCAUAUCUUCCCAACAUCAGCGGGAUGGGGCUUAGAGAAAAAAAGCUCAGCUCAUCUUCCCGGCUAGGGCUUCGCGUGAUUUAUCAACGGACCCUCAUCCCUCCAGCAGUGCGGAGUAUUCGCAAACACUACAGAAAAUUUGUGAACUGGUUGAAAAAGGCAGCCCUCCCACGCUCACAUGAAGAAGCAGGAAACCAAGGUCAACGCCAAAUUUCUUGCCAGGAGCCAAAGACCCCACCUUUAUUGAGCCUCCCACUCGAACUCCUCUUCAGUAUCAACGACCUCCUGUCUUUGGAAUCGCAAGUCUGCCUCGCUCUCACCUGCAAGACACUUCUCGGGCUUAACAAACAUGCCCUUGCCGCUCCUCAAUUCCGGUUCUUGCCUAGCAACGUCUACGAUCCUGAAGUUUUGAAAAACCGCGAUAAUUUCAACACAGAGAGAUGGCAGUUGCUUCUCCUGUUAGAGAAUGACAAAUGGCAUUGCUGUUCCACAUGUCUUAAAUUGCAUCCAACCAGGCAGUUUUCUAGCUGGGGAAUUCUAGCUGGAGCCACGCACAGAGUGUGUACUCUAGGGAAAGUUGGUAUUGUUAACCUUUGCCCUUGCGUGAAUCUGACUUUCCGGGAUAAAGACAGAUUAAUUGAGCUGCUGAAGGCUGAGAAUACGCUCGAUUGCUCAUAUCUAUUGCAUACGUGUUACUUAAGUUUUGGGUUGACAGACGUCGUUACAAAAAUUUCUGCGCGUAUCAAUGAAGAGGGUGAAUUAUUCAUUUGCACACAAUACGCGGUGUUUGCACGUGGGUUCUGGCUAGGCAAAUCCAUUAAGCCUCUACGCCGGGUUUUCUGCCCCCACUUAUCUUUCUUUGAUUACCUGCUACAUUUUAGGUGCUCAAGAAGCGAACUCGAUCUACCGGCCAGAAUGUUAUGGAGGGAUGAUGGCCCACUGAAGAUCCCAUCUGAGGCAUUUCAAAGAGGGCUGUAUUGUCGGUAUUGUGAUACCACAAUCUAUGUCAUUAAGUCCAAUCGCGAAAUCCCAGGGUAUCACCGGAAUUUGUUUUUUGAAGUUUUGACAGUCAGGAACCUGGGACAAGGUACAUGUGCCGAUGCAACCUGGCGGUAUCAAACUGUAUAUCCAUCCUCCUGGAGUGUGUUUAAGCAUCGAAACUCCUUGCGUGAAUCUAGGGAUUCGCGGAAACAUAAUCCUUGGGAUCCUGCCUUUUGUUUCCGCCGGUUUCCCACCUUAACGGAGAACAAAUCCCAUCGCUGGCCCGCAGCUCUGGAAAAUCCACUCACGUCCCACGAAAUUCCUCCCGAAACCGAACAUCUUUAUGAGUCAGACUUCAAUAUCGAUGACAGUUAUGGUUUCAUUGUCAAUCGGCAGACUAUUAAUCGGCGCAGGUAGGGAGCUCCCACCGCAGCGGCCGCCCCCUAAUCUCCACCAACUACACCCCCAGACCUGACGCUUGCACUUAUCUGCAUAUAUUUUGUCUGUUCAGGAUAUUCUCCUACUUCUACAUCUGGGACUAUUGCAUUAUUUCUAAUGCAGUUGAAUGAAAGAUUCGUGGUAUAGAAAGUCAUCCCCACUCCCCACUCCCUACAUAAGAACGUAAUUAAGACCAUAGUAAAUAAAUGGAAAACGGGAAUAAAGAAGACGAGUCAAACUUUGCGACGUCGUAACUGGCUGAACCCCGAAAUGUAAUUUGUUUUUUCAAUUUAUAUAUGUAUGUAUAUAUUUCUUCUCGUUUUUUUGUUUUCCACUUUCGCUUCACACACACACAAGACUCAAACCCGAAAAUUUGAAAAGAGGGGGGGGGGGGGGGGCGGAGGGACAAAAGCAGGGAGCAAGGGGAGAGAAGAUCAAAAGAAAAGAAAAGAAAAGAAAGGACAGGACAGGACAGGACAAGGCAAGCUCGCGACGCAUGGAUAUUGGGAUAUGGAUAUAUAUAUUUGUCAAGUAACGAACGACCUCUCCUCUUCCCGCUCCGCCACUAACCCUCAAAUCAGAAAUAAAACAAAAGGCGGGUGCUUUAAUUAAUGAGACAAAAACAUAAUCAAAUUCAAAAAAAAAAA